AAGCCGUCGCAGAGAAUUGUGGGUAGUUUACAUGGCAGCGCCCUGUGGAGUCAUGUUGAAUUACAUACAACAGCCUUUGGUGUAACUUAACUAAACAUGUGGAAUCAAAUACGUAAACUGCAAAAGAACAGAACGGCGAAAUAUGGUAUCCCAAUGCUGCUGCUGGUCGUAGGAGGGUCGUUUGGAUUAAGAGAAUUCACACAGAUUCGUUAUGAUGCACAGAAGAUGCGAAAGAAGCUGGACCCUGCACUGGAAGCACGAAUAAACCCUCAAAAGCAGAGCGUCAUACUUCAGGAAGAGUAUGAGAAACUGAAGGAAUUGGAUUUGGAGGGAUGGAAGAACAUCCGUGGCCCACGACCCUGGGAAGAUUCUAAAGAGUACCAGGAACAGCAGCGAGCACAACUCGGUAAAGGCACAUAAAACCACAAAAUGUCUCCAACUACUGGCGUGGAAGUGUAAUACGUUCAUGAAACCUGUGGAGUAUGCCUGUGUCGUGCAUCUGUGCGCUUUAUGAUAAAUUAGCACUAUAAAAUAUUAUAUCUGACCAGAAACUCUGUUAGAUUCUCUCUGUUAUUGGCUGCCACAAUUAACCAUAUUAUGUUGUUUUCUAAGUUUGAAAAUGAACUUCAUAAUACAGAUUUUGUAUGUGUGGCAUCUUUUUUAUUUUGGUGACUCCUGUGCAGCUGCAACAUUUUAGUUAGUUUACAUUUACAGUAAAGGACGACACUUCAAAUUGGCCCUGAAAAUGCCACAAAAAAACAACGUUUUGGCUUUUGUUAUACUUGGCUAUUUGAGGUUUUAUUACAGAAACUGUAUAGCAGACAGACAGUAUGAUGUGUGCAUAUCAUAGAUCAUUACGAACAGUUAUGAGCCAAUAUGUGGGCCAGGCUGAUGAAUCAGUCAAUAUUAGGCUAUUUUUAGUUUGCGCACUUGGCCGGCUCAAAGAAAUGGGGUUUUGCUCAUGUAACACUUCAAAAAUCUACUGACAUCUUUGUUAGUGGAUAAUGCACAUUUAAUCUUCAUACAGGUGUGUGUUUUGAGCAGAUAUUGUUCAUUGAUUUAAGUGAUUUUGUGUAGAUCUCAUUGGCAAACAUAAACCUAGUUAUAUAGUUUAGGGUAAAAAAUUGGUAAUCUUCCACCAAUUAUGAAUGCCCUAAAGUACUGUAUGAAUAUGCUUUAAAUGCCGUAUAAUCGAAAUGUAAUUUGAACGUGUGUAAUAUUUUUUCAUAUUAAAUACUUUCUCUUAACUUCAA